AUGGAUAUUGUCCAGUAUACCAAGACUAUCGCGCCUACAAUUGUCCCGGCUGCUGCCACUGCUGGUAGUACAGCAACAACGUCGUCAGCCAUUACCUCUAGACAUUCUGAUCACCAACAGUCAACACAAUCAAGACCACCCGACUCGACCUCUACAGGUGCUAUCUCCACAGAGCACCACGGCGGGCACUUACACCCACAACACCAGCCGGCAGCGCAGUCACAGCAACAACACCAACACCAACAUCAGCAUCAACAAAUUGGAGACCCUCAACUACCUCCUCCAACACGUGCACAGUCACAACCACAACCAGAAUCCUCGACGAUAUCUUCGCCGAUAUUCCAUGUUGAUGCCCAUGCUACCGUCCUUGCAGCGGCUGCCCACCAUGCCGCUGCCAACCAUGACCUCCAAGCUCUCCAAGCUGCCGUCGUAGCUGCUCCCGACGUCGUUGUUCAACCACCACAACCACCCACAGACCUGGGCAAUGUUGCAAAUAGUCAAUCAUACCCGCCCGAAGCAGUGGCCAUCUAUACACAGGCACUUCAAAUGGCUUCCCAGACAACCCCUCCAGGAUCUUCUCCAACAGCCAAACCCCAGUCCAAGACCACUCGCCUGCGGAGGGCGUGUGACAUGUGCAGUUCAAGGAAAGUCAAGUGUGAUGAGACUCAUCCUUGUCGGCCAUGUCGCGAUCUCCAGGUCGACUGUACGUUUGCUAGGGAAAUGAGGCGUCGAGGUCCUCCCAAUAGGCACGCAGAGGCUGCCAGAGCGGCGAAGCGUCCGCGACUCGAACCCGCCUUGCCGAAUAACAAUGCGCAGCCUCACAAUGCGGCCCAGACUUUGAUUUCCAUCGCUGGCAACCCGCAAGGCGGCCAUUCACAGCCGCAUGGGCACAGUCAGGCUAUCCUCGAUGCCGAAGCUAUAGCCCCAUGGCCCGUGUUGCUUCUCCUCGUCGACGACUUCUUCACUUAUAUCCAUCCUUUGACGCCCUUUCCCCACGAGCCUACCUUCCGUCAGCAACUGGCCAACCGGGAAGACCAAAAGAGCCACGAAUUUCUGGCCUUGCUCGCGAGCAUGGUUGGCUGUCUGGUUGCCUCCUUUCCCAGGACAGCACGGUUGCAUCUCAAGUCACAACAUGGCAUGAAUCUGUUUCCCAAGGCCAUUCAUCUCGUUGACCGUUGCCGCCAUGUGGCCAUGGAAGCCCGUGGUUCUUACUUCUAUAACCGAGAAGACAUGACGGUUUACGACGCAGUCACAAGCUAUUUCCUCGGCUUGGCUGCUGCUUACACUUUGCAAUGGAAGGUGUGUCGCCGCUUCAUGUCAGAAGCUUCCAACAUCAUCAGAGAACUGGGAUACCAUAAACCGCGUGACUUUUUCGCAGUCACCUACAGGGGCCCUGCCUUUGACUAUGUACAGGACCAGAUCGGCAAGCGUGUCUUCUGGGUCAUGUUUCUAGGUGUCCGCUCAAUGAUGCAAUUCGGCGGGCCCAUGGGCGAAAUAGUGUUCCCCCCUCCGACACCCGCCGAGCCGUAUCCCGAUUUCCCGGCCGAGGUGGACGACGAGUUUAUUCUUCCAUCCCAAAUCCUGGUGCAGCCCCCUUCUAUCGUGUCGCGCCUGACGGGCUUCGUACAGGCCAUCAAGAUUUACAUGACCAUGAACUCGCUGGUUGGCAUCGAGUUAUCGUACGGCCUGACGACACUGCCCUUUCAGGAUCAGAAGGACAUGUUACACGAAUGCUUGCAAGGUGUGAAACAGGUCAUGGAAGGCAUGCCCCCAGAACUCACUCUAAAUUUAGACAGCAAUACCGCCAACGCAAGCCUGGGUGAGCUACCUCAAGUUUCCGCGCCGCAUGACGCUCUUGGCGACAGUGGAUUCCAGUACUGCCCACCCGCCUAUCCUGCACAUCAGCCGGCCUCAGACAUCCGGCAUGUUAUCAACAACGAUCCUGAACGCCGUCGUCUACUUCAGUAUGAGAUCCAAAAGGCAAAUAUCUAUGCGUCACAGGUCGCGACACGCUCCUACUAUGUCGAACGCUACUUGAACCUUCGCGACGCCCAUCGAGAGCAUACCCGCAAUCAAGCAGCACAAGCAUAUGCCGCAGUUACGGCCGUGGAAAAUGGCGUCGGCGGUAGCAACGGGGUUUCCCAUGAUAGUAAGAGCGUUGCGGCUGCUGCUCUACACGCUGCUGCAGAGCAGCUAUCUGAUCCCAUUGAUGAGAACAUGACCGCCGAGCGUGAGCUUAUCGUCCAGAAUCUCCUUGUCGUGCUUGCUUCCAUCUCUCAACGCAACAUGGAGCCCAAUGGCGGAUCCUUCAUCAAUAAGGUUCGUCAGGUGGCUUCCACGCUCGUCCACGAUGCUCCUGGCCGGAAAGGGCCCAUGGCCACCAAAGCUCAAGAGCCUCUCACCCGCUUUCUAGACAUUCUCAUGAGGCUGGAGAAGACUGGGCCGGGGAACACGGACCGGGGUGAUGGGACUAUGACUCCGCAGGACGAAGAGAUGGAACUAAGGAGCUGGGCGGAUCUGCGAGAGCACCAGAUGCGGUUUUAUCAGAGUGGAGGAUUCAUGGGUCAGAUCUAG